CAGAGUAGGGGUAGGUGAACUUUCCUCAAAUAAAAUUGGUACAUUAGCUUACAGCAUAUCGUCUUGGAAUGUCACGGCGGGUCUCUGUAAGUAGAUUUUCUGGAACCUUGAGGUCUCUGAGAAUGAGCACAACUGCAGCCUCGAGUCGCAGCUUAGAAGGAAAAGUCGCUGUUGUAACGGCAUCAACAGAGGGGAUUGGGUUUGCCAUUGCUAAACAACUUGCUCACGAUGGUGCAAAGGUUAUGAUCAGUAGUCGCAAACAAGACAAAGUUAUUGAUGCUGUCUCUAAGUUGGAGAAAGAACAAGGUUGUACAGUGAAGGGAGUUGUGUGCCAUGUUGGGAAAACUGAACAUCGUAGGAAUCUUAUCAAAGAGACAUUGGAUACUUUUGGAGGCAUUGACAUCUUGGUUUCAAAUGCUGCUGCUAACCCCACAUUCGGACCAAUCCUGGAGACACCAGAGGAAUCAUGGGAAAAGAUUUUUGAUAUCAAUGUGAAGUCAGCUUUUCUUCUGGCAAAAGAUGUUGUUCCAUUUAUGAAAAAGAGAGGAGGUGGAUCUAUAGUGUUUGUUUCAUCCAUUGCUGGGCUCCAGCCAUCCCUGCAGGGUCUUGGUGCUUAUAGCGUUAGCAAGACAGCUCUGCUUGGUUUGACCAAGGUUCUAGCCAAUGAAUGUGCUCACAUGGGAGUGAGGGUGAAUUGUGUUGCACCUGGGAUCAUCAAGACAAAGUUUAGUGGAGCACUUUGGCAAAGUGAGUCCUUAACUGAAGCCGCACUUGCUCAAAUUCCCUUGAGGAGGCUUGGUGAGUCAGAGGAUAUAGGAGGUGCAGUAUCUUUUCUAUCCUCUGAUCAAGCAUCGUAUAUCACUGGAGAAACUUUAGUUAUUGCUGGUGGAAUGCAUUCAAGACUGUGAUUUUAAUUUAGAUUAAAAAAGGACUAAAUUAAUAAUUACUGUUAGUGAUCUCAUUGAAGAGACCUUUGGUAGAAUAUUUUACCUCACAAGAGAAAGCUUUGAAGGUGAUUUUGUGAAAACUUUGGAUGUGAUGUAUGAAGGAAGCACAGUUAAAUAAAUGUAAAAAAGGAGAAAACUAAUGAAAUGAACUUGAGUCACAGCAGACAAGA